AUGGGUACAAAAGGCACGAGCCCUUCAAGGUUCAAUGUUGUCCAUUGGCAUGGCCUAUGCACAUCCCGGGGGCGCCAGGAAAAGCCGUCACAUGUGGAGCUCCUCCGUCGGGACCAAGCCCACGUUGACUACAUCCAAUGCCGGGUCGACAACACCAACGUCUGCCUCAACCCUAUUGGCGGCUCUCUUUUUGCAAGAGUUCCGACAAGCAUUGGUCUUGCUCUUGGUACCAGCAAUUAUAUUGUCAACAUAGGCCUAGGCACCCCUACCAAGUCCUUCUCAGUUAUGUUUGACACAGGUAGCGAUCUUACUUGGACCCAAUGUGUCCCCUGUGUUAAUUGUUACACCCAAAAAAACCCACUUUAUGACCCGACCCAGUCCUCUACCUUCACCGACAUCUCAUGCAACUCUAACUACUGUACCCAACUCAAUCGAUUUGGUUGCUCCUCUACCUCCACUUGUCUCUAUGAGGAAGAAUAUGAAGACCAUUCUAGUACUAAUGGCUCCUUUAUUCAAGACACCUUGACAUUCUCCUCUGAUAUUAUACACAACUUCCACUUUGGCUGUGGACAUAACAACACUGGAUAUUUUGGACAAGCAGAUGGGUUAUUAGGCCUUGGCCGGGGGGCUGUUUCAAUUAUUUCCCAAACAGCUCAAUUAUAUGAUAAUGUAUUCUCAUAUUGUCUACCAUCAGGGUCUAAUAAAAUUGGAUAUCUCGAACUAGGUAGCACUGUCCCUGAUGUGAAGUAUACACCAAUGCUAACCAACCCAAGUAUGCCAUCAUCAUACUUUGUCAAGCUCAUUGCCAUUUCUAUUGGAGGUAGAAGGCUCUCCUUUUCACCUAUUGAAACUAUGUUGGACUCUGGAGCAUCGAUAACCUACCUUCCACCCAAAACCUAUUACGCCCUUCGCUCCAUUUUCAGAAAGGAAAUGAUUAAGUACCCGAUGGCACCGCCACUAUUAAAUCUCGACACAUGUUAUGACCUCACUGGCCAGCCGGAGGUUGACGCGCCAGAGAUUGUGUUUAUCUAUGAAGGAGAAGUGACGACUUACUUAGACGGCUCAGGGAUACUUUAUAUGACCAAGUUAUCUCAAGCGUGCUUAGCCUUCGCUAAAACAAAUCAUGAGGUUAUGGUUGCAAUUAUUGGUAAUAUGCAUCAACGUACGUUCAAUAUAGUCUAUGACGUGGGGAACUUAAGAAUUGGCUUUAGGAGUAAUGGUUGUAGCUAG